AUCGUCUGCGUUUGCUACCGUUUAAUUUUCUACUAAAAUAGGUUAUGUCGCAAUACGUAUGUGGAAUUCAAUGUGACAAAAUACCGCUUAUCAUGUUGUGAGCUUAUAAUGUGAUAAAAUUAGCAUUCUGCUUAUUUCUCUUGGGAUCAUGGAUAUAAUCAUGUAGAAUUCACCGUGAAGAAAAUGACGCCACAUUUUGUAGCUUUAACACCUGUACGAAGACGAUGUUUGAUAAUACUCUCUGUAGUCCUUGUACCAUGUGCAAUUUUAAAUCUUUUAUCACCAUCGGAUCUGCACGAAGAAACAAUCUUACAAAACAGUAUUGCAGAAUUGCAAGCUAAAUUGGAACACCUGCAUGCUAAAUAUGUUACAAGUCAGGAGGAAAUAAAUCUGUUAUCUCAUCAGUUAUUACAAUUAAUAGAGAACAAUCAUAUUUUACCAGAUGUUCAAUUUCUUCUAAACAAUACCACGACAAAUGUGACCAAUAUAAAGUUACCGUCUAUUUACAAUUUUCUGCCACAUUUUUUGAAUGAUCCCAAUAGUUUGCGUCCUGCAUUUGUUCAAAGUAAAGGCCGUACAGGAGUUAGUAUGGUAUUGGGUGUACCGACAGUUAAAAGAGAAGUGCAGAGCUAUUUAAUGGCAACACUUAAAAACUUGUUGGACCGUAUGAAUCCUGCAGAAACAGCAGACACUCUGAUCAUUGUUUUAGUUGCAGAAACAGAUUUGGAGUAUGUCACCUAUGUGGCAAAACAAAUUGAAGUUCAAUUUCCAAUCGAGUUCGAAGCUGGUGUGAUCGAUGUGAUAUCCCCAUCUGCAUCCUAUUAUCCGGAUUUAUCUAAAUUACGCGAUACUUUGGGCGACAAUCACCAACGUGUAGUUUGGAGGUCAAAACAGAAUCUAGAUUUUGCAUUUUUGAUGUCAUAUGCUCAAACAAAGGGCACAUUUUAUGUACAGUUAGAGGACGACAUUUUAGCUAAAAAGAAUUUUAUAACAACAAUGAAAUCUUUUGCAUUGCAAAAAAUCGCGACCAAAGAGAGUUGGUUUGUUUUGGACUUUUGUCAAUUAGGAUUUAUUGGAAAAUUAUUUAAAUGCGCGGAACUGCCAUGGUUAAUCCAAUUUUUUUUAAUGUUUCACAAUGACAAACCAGUUGAUUGGUUAUUAGAUCAUCUGGUGUCAACCAAAGUUUGUAGUCUUGACAAAGAUAGUAAACAUUGUAAAAUGGCUAAAGCGGAAUUGUGGGUUCAUUACAAACCCUCUCUUUUUCAACACAUAGGAACACAUUCCUCCUUAAAGGGGAAAGUACAGAAGUUAAAGGAUAAACAAUUCGGCAAGAUAACACUGUAUUACGCGCACGAGAAUCCAGAAGCAAUAGUCGAAACACAAAUUAAACCUUAUAAACAGUAUACAUUGCAAAAGGCUUACAAAGGAGAAUCAUUCUUUUGGGGUCUUUUACCUCAACCAGGGGACCAUUUGAAAUUCAAAUUUUCGCAUCCUAUUUUUAUUAAAAGGUACUUAUUUAGAAGUGGAAAUCCUGAACAUCCAUCUGAUAGAUUUUACAACACGACGGUGGAAGUUUUAACGGAGAUGUCUGCAUCUCUAAAUAGAAAUAGUAACGAUGUUACUGAAGACGGUUAUAUUAUUAUAGGAAAAUUCGAUGCUCUUGGUGUUGCUCAAGGAACAGUCGAUUCAAAAUUUGGAAGGAUAUUGAUACUUCGUCUGACUGUUCACAGUGAAAGCGAAAAUUGGGCAAUUUUGUCCGAGAUUCAUAUUGUCGAAGAUCAUCCCAGUUGACCUUCGGAAAGAAUAUUCCGAAAUUUUUUUCGGCACCAUUUGCAGGGAAAGUACAUGUAACAAAUUAACG